AUGAAAACCUCUGCGAUUCUUGCCUUCUUCUUCGGGCUGACUUCAGCCGGGGUGACUCGUGGACCUGAGGGUCUAGAGUCGCAUAUAGCCCAACUUGAUUCCGAUAUCAAAGGCACCAACGCCGCCCCUCUCAGACGUUCCUUACAAAAUGGGCCCGAGACUUCUUCGGCACCAGGACGCCAUCCCAUGCUAGCAAAGAGGGCAUCGAAAACACAAAAGGGUGCCCCGUGGGGUCUCAGAGCCAUAUCUCACCGACGCGCCGGGGCCUUUUAUGAGAAGUUCCCUCCCGAUCCAGCAUCCAAGUACUACUAUGAUGAUCGGGCCGGCCUCAACAUGUACGCAUAUAUUCUCGACAGUGGCAUUCGCACCACCCACGAGGAGUUUGAGGGCCGCGCCGAGACCGUCUUUACUGUGUAUCCCGGCGAUGAGAUUGACCACCGCGGGCACGGCACCGCAGUCGCCGGCGUACUUGGCAGCAAGACGUACGGCGUGGCAAAGCGGGCAAAGCUCCUGUCCGUCAAGACGCUAGAUGACAAGGGAAGCUGCGCUGCCUCUGCGGCCCUUCACGCCCUUUCCUGGACGGCAGAGCAUAUACUUAGCAAUGGCCGCCAGCAUUCAUCCGUCAUCAACUUAUCGUUUGGUAUCCCAAAGCUGCAGGCACUGGAUACUUUUAUAGAAGCACUUGUUAGCCAAGUCGGCAUCCCCGUCGUCACGGCCGCCGGCAAUGAGAACGAGGACGCCAGCCUCAGCACGCCGGGGUCGGCCAAGGGCGUCAUCAACGUUGGCCACAUGGACAAGAACUGGGUCAUUUCGCCCAACUCAAACUGGGGCCCGGCAGUCACUAUGCUAGCUCCAGGAGUUCAAGUAGAAUGUCCCUCUUCGGGGAGCGAUUCUAAUGUUAAAUUGGAGAGUGGUUCAUCUUUUGCGGCGCCUCACGUUGCCGGUCUUGUCUUGAAUGCGAUUUCCGUUCACGGCAUCAAGGGGGCUGCUGAAAUAAGGAAGUUUCUUCUCGAGUCGGCUACCAGAGACCAAGCUUGUACCUCCCGCAACACGCCAAACAUAGUAGCCAACAACGGAAACACUGCGCAGAAGAAACAUACAAAGCCGCGUAAUUGUUGA